AUGUCUUUCUCUGUGUCACUUGUGCAGGUGAUGGACUGGAUAGAGAACCAUGGAGAGGCCUUCCUUAGCAAACACACGGGCGUGGGCAAGUCCCUCCACCGCGCCAGGGCACUGCAGAAACGCCACGACGAUUUUGAGGAGGUGGCACAGGUGAGAGUUCCAGUAGUUUUGCCAAUGAGAAUAUUGUUACGGCCUUGCUAAUAGUGUGUCAUUGGUCAUGCCUUGAAUGGUGUGAAUCUCCUCCCCACAUUGUUGAGGUGGAGUAUCUGGUCAAGGAUCAGCUUCCCCUCCCCCAAACCUAACCUUAACCAUUAGUGGGGAAAAUGUUAAGCUGACCCCAGAUCAGGGUUUAUGGGCAACUUCAGCCUAGUAGUCCUCAGGCAUUGUGGAUGGCAUUUUGAGGUUGAAUUGCCUCAUCCACGCUACAAUAUCAACGAAGGCUGCAUUUUCUGCAGCAUUGUACUACAUUUGAACUGCAGCAUUGUACUAGAUUUGAACUCUGUAGGCUGUUAUGUUAUUCUGUCUAAUGUCAAAGUGCUGAGGUGUCAGUGAAAGGGAAGACAACUGAACACCGUUCCAAGAGAAGACAUGGUCAAUGAACUGAACACUGACACAUUGACACGUUCUAUUGUGCUUUUACAGUUUCCUAUUACUACUGUUCUAGUGUUCAAAUGUGAUUCACAGAUGGCAGAUUUGUAUUGUUUUGAAGCAGGUUUGGCUAUUAUUCAGUGAGGAUGUCAAUUAAAGCUAGAAUCCUUAGUUGCUAAAUCCAUUUUUGGACUUAUAAAUGAAUCAUAUAUACCCAUUGAUUAUUGAAGAAUAUAAUUUAUAAAUGUCUUAGUUCAACUGCUGUAGAACAUCAGAACCCCAAAUAUAAGCUUGUUUUACUCCAAUAUUUGUAAACACCGUAAAUGUACACAAACACUGUAUAGCCUUAAAACAUGGUUAGAACUAUACAUUUGAUAUCAUGGAUGGUCAUUCUUUGCAUCCAUAACUCUGUCUAUGAAUUUGAGAGUCGUUACAUUUUUCCAGCCCCGUCCCUUAGCUUUUAGAGAAACAGGGCUGGGGAGAACACUUUUUUAUUGUUUCAAUUAAGGAUUCUAGCUUUAAACUCAAAAUAUCGGAAUGUUACGAUUUUUCGUGGUUAGUUGUGAUUGACAAGUGACAGAAAAUUAGUAUACAAUGAAGAGACUCACAGAAAUGGAAUCCAAACCUAGUCAUUUUAGCUUUAGUAUUUUCUUAUGGGCUUGGCAUACAGGUUUGGUUUUCACAGCCCAUUGUAGCUGCAGUCCAUAUGAGAAAGAAGGAGGCCAGAAGACUUAGACCAAGCAAGAACAAGCUGGAACCAGUCCACUAUGGAAAUACACUUUCUCAUUUCAUCACACAGACAAACUGUACGAAGAAAGAUGUUCUGCUUUAAUAGGCUAUAUGACUAUAGGUCACAAGUAGUACUUGAGAGACAGUGCCUGUGUCCCAAAUGGCACCCUAUUCCCUAGUGCAGUACUUCUGACUAGGGCCCAUAAAUAAAAUAAUUGCCAGGCACAAUAAUUAGACUUUGCUAACCUCCUGAGUGUAAUGGUAGCAGCAUGAGCCGUGACUAGUGAUAACACCAGCGUUAAGGGGAUGUGUUUUAAUGCUAAAUGUAUGUGUAAUCCUGGUAUUACGAAAAUGUUUUAGCCCCCCUGAUGAUGGAUUGGCUUGAUUAGGGUCACCACUCUUACAAGAUGGACAACGUGUCUGUCUUCAGGGCAAGCAGAAGUCUGUCGUUAUGUCCCAAAUGGCAUCCUAUUCCCUAUAUAGUGCACUACUGGUCAAAAGUAGUGCACUAUGUAGGGAAUAUGGUGCAGUUUAGGACACUGUCUGAAAGGCCUGGCCAGGCUUUGAUCUGAAUAUCAGACUCCACAUUGUUUACCCUAUUUUCUAACUAUUUACUUCUCUCUGGGGAAAAGUGUACGAGAUGAGGAUGUUUAAUUCACUCCUACUCCUGAAGGAUGGAUCAAAUGGCUUAAUGAAUCAAAUAAAGCUCUUCAUAUUGGAAUAUGUUAAAUUUGAGCUCAUUAAGAUAUGUACAUAUGGCACCAUCAUCUCCCCAUGACACCGCAUCAAAGGAGAUUGAAACCAAAGUCAGGACUAACAAAAUGGGGUGGAUCAGACAUGGCUAGACACAUACACCCACGAGUCCACACAGACAAACGCACACGCACGCACGAACACAAAGCCUUUCAUUGAUCUUCAACAUAAUAUCUCAUCCAGCAGUUUAGAGCUAAUUUAAUAUCAAAAGAAAAGGAUGUUAUAAAAAAUAAAACUUUAUCAAGGCAUCUUGUCUUAAACCCUCUCUACCAUAAGUAAUCCCAAUGACACCACAUUAGUUAAUUAUUCAGAGAGGUUGUUCUCAGAUUCAAUCUGCCAUUGUAGAUGAACGCCCCCCCCCCCACGAAUGGUGCAGCUCUCUAAUGACUGGCCUCAGAUGUAUUCUGCCUACAAAACAUGCGAUGGGGAUUUGUUUAGGCUGAGCCCUUCUCAAUAGGAAGAGAGAGAAAGAGGCACAAAGCUUUUUUUUUCUGGCAUCUGGUUAUCAAGCUCAUAAAAGUCCUGCGCGUGGAACAGAUUGAAUGAGAGAGAGAGAGAGAGAGACACGACUCCACCUCAGCCCAGCCAUAUCUGCGAAGGGAAAGCCUGAAUGGCAUUAUUGACUGCACCUCUCUGGAGGGAUAAAAUAAUACAGAAGACAAGGAAGGAGUUCUCCUGAUCCGAUGAAAGCAAAGUGCUGCCUGGGCUGGGUCUACUGCUGCUGCAUGGAAUACACCCCACAAUGGCUCGCGUCCCAAAUAGCACCCUAUGCCCUACACAGUGCCCUAGGAAUAGGGUGCCAUUUGGGACGCAGACUACACUACCAUUCAAAAGUUUGGGGUCACUUAGAAAUGUCCUUGUUUUCCAUGAACACAUACAUGAAAUGAGUUUGAAAUGGAAAUAUAGCAAAAUGCAUAGGAAAUGUAGUCAUUGACAAGGUUAGAAAUAAUGAUUUUUAAUUGAAAUAAUAAUUGUGUCCUUCAAACUUUGCUUUCGUCAAAGAAUCCUCCAUUUGCAGCAAUUACAGCCUUGCAGACCUUUGGCAUUCUAGUUGUCAAUUUGUUGAGGUAAUCUGAAGAGAUUUCAUCUCAUGCUUCCUGAAGCACCUCCCACAACUUGGAUUGGCUUGAUGGGCACUUCUUACGUACCAUACGGUCAAGCUGCUCACACAACAGCUCAAUAAGGUUGAGAUCCGGUGACUGUGCUGGCCACUCCAUUAUAGACAGAAUACCAGCUGACUGCUUCUACCCUAAAUAGUUCUUGCAUAGUUUGGAGCUGUGCUUUGGGUCAUUGUCCUGUUGUAGGAGGAAAUUGGCUCCAAUCAAGCACCGUCCACAGGGUAUGGCAUGGCGUUGCAAAAUGGAGUGAUAGCCUUCCUUCUUCAAGAUCCCUUUUACCCUGUACAAAUCUCUCACUUUACCACCAACAAAGCUCCCCCAGACCAUCACAUUGCCUCCACCAUGCUUGACAGCUGGCAUCAAGCACUCCUCCAGCAUCUUUUUAUUUGGUCUGCGUCUCACAAAUGUUAUUCUUUGUGAAUAGAACACCUCAAACUUCGAUUCGUCUGUCCAUAACACUUUUUUUUCCCAAUCUUCCUCUGUCCAGUGUCUGUGUUCUUUUGCCCAUCUUAAUCUUUUAAUAUUUAUUGGCCAGUCUUUGAUAUGGCUUUUUCUUUGCAACUCUGCCUAGAAGGUCAGCAUCCCGGAGUUGCCUCUUCACUGUUGACGCUGAGACUGGUGUUUUGUGGGUACUAUUUAAUGAAGCUGCCAGUUGAGGACCUGUGAGGCGUCUGUUUCUCAAACUAGACACUCAAAUGUAUUUGUCCUCUUGCUCAGUUGUGCACAGGGGCCUCCCACUCCUCUUUCUAUUCUGGUUAGAGCCAGUUUGCGCUGUUCUGUGAAGGGAGUAGUACACAGCGUUGUACGAGAUCUUCAGUUUCUUGGCAAUUUCUCGCAUGGAAUAGCCUUCAUUUCUCAGAACAAGAAUAGACUGAUGAGUUUCAGAAGAACUUGAUUUGUUUCUGGCCAUUUUGAGCCUGUAAUAGAACACACAAUUUCUGAUGCUCCAGAUUCUCAACUAGUCUCAAGAAGGCCAGUUUUAUUGCUUAUUUAAUCAGCACAGUUUACAGCUGUGCUAACAUAAUUGCAAAAGGGUUUUCUAAUGAUCAAUUAGCCUUUUAAAAUGAUAAACUUGGAUUAGCAAACACAACGUGCCAUUGGAACACAGGACUGAUGGUUGCUGAUAAUGGGCCUCUGUACGCCUAUGUAGAUAUUCCAUUAAAAAAAAUCAGCAGUUUCCAGCUACAAUAGACAUUUACAACAUUAACAAUGUCUACACUGUAUUUCUGAUCAAUUUGAUGUUAUUUUCAUGGACAAAAAAAUUGCUUUUCUUUUGAAAACAAGGACAUUUCUAAGUGACCCCAAACUUUUGAACGGUAGUGUAUGUCUAUUUGUGUGGGAGGAGUGGUUGUGUGAUCUAAGUCACUGCCACUAGAGAUCCUGGUUCGAAUCCAGGCUCUGUCGUAGCUGGCCGCGACCGGGAGACCCAUGGGGCGGCGCACAAUUGGCCCAGCGUCGUCCAGGGUAGGGGAGGGAAUGGCCGGCAGGGAUGUAGCUCAGUUGGUAGAGCAUGGUGUUUGCAACACCAGGGCUGUGGGUUCAAUUCCCACGGGGGGUAUAAAAAAUAAUGUAUGCACUAACUGUAAGUUGCUCUGGAUAAGAGCGUCUGCUAAAUGACUAAAAUGUAAAUGUAAAAAUGAGAAUGUGAUAUAAUUCAUAGCUGUUCUGGAAUUUGCGUGUACUAUUGAAAAUGUAGAUGUGUGGGUUUUAAUACAGCCUUUACUAUACACCAGUAGAUAAGUACAUAAGAGCCCUUUAACUGUAAUCCUGCUUACUGUAUCCAUGUCCUUUGAAUAGACCCUCCAUUGUACCCCGUAUAAUAAGCUGAUCCUCUCUAUUCACUAUGAAUAAAUGAGAUUUAGGCCAGAGCUCAUGCCAAUGUGACACAGAGAAGGGAUCAGUGUGUGUAAAACUGUUAUAGCAAUCCUAGGAGGGAGGAAGGGGUAUUCUGCUCUACAAUACUCACAUACAGUGGCUUGAGAAAGUAUUCACCUCCCUUGGCAUUUUUCCUAUUUUGUUGCCUUACAACCUGGAAUUAAAAUGGAUUUUUGCGGGGUUUAUAUCAUUUGAUUUACACAACAUGCCUACCACUUUGAAGAUGCAAAAUAUGUUUUCUUGUGAAACAAACAAGAAAUAAGACAAAAAAAAAGACAACUUGAGCGUGCAUAACUAUUCACCCCCCCAAAGUCAUUACUUUGUAGAGCCACCUUUGCAGCAAUUACAGCUUCAAGACUCUUGGGGUAUGUCUCUAUAAGCUUGGCAUAUCUAGCCACUGGGAUUUUUGCCCAUUCUUCAAGGCAAAACUGCUCCAGCUCCUUCAAGUUGGAUGGGUUCCGCUGGUGUACAGCAAUCUUUAAGUCAUACCACAGAUUCUCAAUUGGAUUGAGGUCUGGGCUUUGACUAGGCCAUUCAAAGACAUUUAAAUGUUUCCCCUUAAACCACGCGAGUGUUGCUUUAGCAGUAUGCUUAGGGUCAUUUUCCUGCUGGAAGGUGAACCUCCGUCCCAGUCUCAAAUCUCUGGAAGACUGAAACAGGUUUCCCUCAAGAAUGUCCCUGUAUUUAGCGCCAUCCAUCAUUCCUUCAAUUAUCAGUCCCUGCCGAUGAAAAACAUCCCCACAGCAUGAUGCUGCCACCCCCACGCUUCACUGUGGGGAUGAUGUUCUCGGGGUAAUGAGAGGUGUUGGGUUUGCGCCAGACAUAGCGUUUUCCUUGAUGGCCAAAAAGCUCAAUUUUAGUCUCAUCUGACCUGAGUACCUUCUUCCAUAUGUUUGGGGAGUCUCCCACAUGCCUUUUGGUGAACAUCAAACGUGUUUGCAUAUUUUUUUCUUUAAGCAAUGGCUUUUUUCUGGCCACUCUUCCGUAAAGCUCAGCUCUGUGGAGUGUGUGGCUUAAAGUGGUCAUAUGGACAGAUACUCCAAUCUCCGCUGUGGAGCUUUGCAGCUCCUUCAGGGUUAUCUUUGGUCUCUUUGUUGCCUCUCUGAUUAAUGCCCUCCUUGCCUGGUCCGUGAGUUUUGGUGGGUGGCCCUCUCUUGGCAGGUUUGUUGUGGUGCCAUAUUCUUUCAAUUUUUAAUAAUGGAUGUAAUGGUGCUCCGUGGGAUGUUCAAAGUUUCUGAUAUUUUUUGAUAACCCAACCCUGAUCUGUACUUCUCCACAACUUUGUCCCUGACCUGUUUGUAGAGCUCUUUGGUCUUCAUGGUGCCGCUUGCUUGGUGGUGCCCCUUGCUUAGUGGUGUUGCAGACUCUGGGGCCUUUCAGAACAGGUGUAAUAAUACACUGAGAUCAUGUGACAGAUCAUGUGACACUUAAAUAAAGUCCACCUGUGUGCAAUCUAACUAAUUAUGUGACUUUUGAAGGUAAUUGGUUGCACCAGAUCUUAUUUAGGGGCUUCAUAGGAAAGAGGGUGAAUACAUAUGCACGCACCACUUUUCUAUUAUUUUGUAGAAUUCUUUGAAACAAGUUAUUUUUUUCAUUUCACUUCACCAAUUUGGACUAUUUUGUGUAUGUCCAUUACAUGAAAUCCAAAUAAAAAUCAAUUUAAAUUACAGGUUGUAAUGCAACAAAAUAGGAAAAAUGCCAAGGGGGAUGAAUACUUUUGCAAGGCACUGUAAACCUGACAGUACAGGCGAAUCAAUCCACCUCCACAGCAUGCCCUAAGUCACCUAUUUUUAAUCUUUGUUUUACAAUCAAUCAAAGCAUAGAUUUCAAAUGUUAAAUGUUAGCGCUCUGUUAAACCUUGUCCAGUUUAUUUGAAAAAAUAUGGAUUAAGAUAUUUUGAAGGGGUAAAAAAAAAGAUGACCAGUUCAGAAUUCUUUGAUUGUCUAAAAAAGUCUUAACUGUUGUAACGACUCACUAGGCAUGGCUGGUAGGAAGGCAUCGAGGAGGAACAAUGACAGAAGUCCAACACACAGGGGCACAGUUUAAACCAGGCUAGGCUGGCAUAUUUAUUCAAAAUUAAAGGUUCACAAAGCUGGUUCUCAAACAUUAACUGAACACAAAACACUCUCCCACUCACCUUAACUGAACCCAGAGUUAGUCUUAACUUUAAAGAAAACUAGAUGAGCUGCUACCCAGCUUACCACCUUCACUUGUAGUCCAUUCACUUCUUCCUUUGGCGACCACAAUGUCCAGGGCUUCAAACAGAUGUCUAUAGCGCUCAGCGUCCAGCUAGGAGUUCCCUCGUGCUGAACUAAAGCAGGCCCUUAAAUUUCCUCAGCUGCGUUGCAGCCUAACGAGGCCGAGUGGCCUCAGGUGUAGGCGUAGCCCUGCAGCCUAGCUUGCUGCCGGCUACAAUGCUGGUUGUGGGGCGUGGCUCACGCUCCAAACAGUGGCUUUCCCCGCCCACAUCACCGGGGCGCCACACUGUAGAUAAUCGAAGGUUAGACCCCCACCAUACAUAGUGUAAAUGAGCCGACAGACACAGUAGGUAGGGACACAGAUAGGAUUUUAAUUACAUGACUGUGAUUAUGAUGAGGCCCACAGUGUUAAAUCUUCUCCAGGGUGCGUGUCACUAGGUAAGGGUCCGCAUUAGCACGUUGAAGCACUAAAAGUAUCCCCAUAUGGAAUCUUUAUUCCUAAAUGGCCCAGAAUGCAUCCCAAAUGGCACUCUACUACCUUUAUAGUGCAUACAUUUUGACCAGAGCCUAUGCACCCUGGUCAAAGGCCUAUAUCCUAUAUAGUGCACUACUUUUGACCAGAGCCCUAUGCACACUAAAAAGAGUACCAUUUGACCCAGUGAAUGUGACCUACUGCCAAACCUUACAUGAGGUUACCAGUUCCUGAGACUUUGGGUCAUCCCAUCCUCAUCAGCUCAGCACGGUGCUACAUGUUACACGCUACAUGCUAGCCAGGCAUUAAUCUGUCCUGCCCUGAUGGCUGGUGCUCUACUGACUUAGUCCCUACUGCCGUGUUGAUCCAGAGGCAACACUUGCCAGGAUGUGGGAUUACCACGUAGGGAUAGCCAGCGAUUUACCUUGCCACUCUGCACAGUUUUGGGGCAAUUUAGUAGCGGAGGCACCCAUCGGAGAGAGAGGUCUUGUCUGUCUGUGGCGGUGGAGGACAGAGAAAGACAGGAGUGCAGUAGUCAGUCAAAGCAUGCAGCGACAGAGUGCAGACAGACACAAUUUUCGACUAACUUGGAGACACCAGAGUUGCAGCAGUCAGCAUCUUACAGACACAGUUCUCUACAUACUUAUGUUGCAGUCAUCUAAUUGAGCUGCCCUUGUCUUCUCUGGGUACCAGAACACCUACACCAACGCAGACAAGCUCCUGGAGGCGGCCGAGCAGCUGGCCCAGACUGGGGAAUGUGACCCGGAGGAGAUCUAUAAAGCAGCGCGGCACCUGGAGGUCAGGAUCCAAGACUUUGUCCGGCGGGUGGAGCAGAGGAAACUGCUGCUGGACAUGUCUGUCUCCUUCCACACCCACACCAAGGAGGUAAGACCUUUGACCCCUGACCUGCAUGACCUGCAGGAUGGAUCACGUUCUAUGUCAGGGAAGUUCUGGGGUUCAGUGACCCAUUUUUUAUGUAUGCAUAGUAUGGGACAAUAGAAUGGGAUUGGAUGUGGUAGGACGCAGUCGCUAUCUGUUUCCUUCUGCACCCACACUAAAGAUGUAGGAGCCCUGACCUGACCUGCAUGAUGGAUCACUCUACCUUUCUUUAAGAGCAGUGACUUGUCACAGGGUUGAGGCUUGGGGUGGCUUGGUUUAUGUCACUGAUCACUGCAGACAGACAGACAGACAAACAGACAGACAGGGCAUACAUACCAGUCAUUCACAGAGGAUCGCACCCAAAUUAGUUAGCGCAGCCUGAUCUAUGCCAGAUGUGAGAGGCCCACCUGGGCACCCUAUUCCCUAUAUAGUGCACUACAAUAGCCCACAUCCCUGGUCAAAAGUAGUGCACUAUAAAAGGAAUAGGGUGCGAAUCGGGAUGCAAAUUCUGUCUCUGUGAGGGCUACUUCACAGACCUACCAUCAUCUCCCCUAUACUAAUGGCCCCUAAUCUUAAACUCUUUAAAAUCAUAGUGUCCAAAUGUUAUUUUUGACUUUGAACCUGAUUUUGUGAUGUUCAGAAAUUCACAGAUCUCUCUCUCUCUCUCCCUCUCUCUCUCUCUCUCUCUCUCUCUCUCUCUCUCUCUCUCUCUCUCUCUCUCUCUCUCUCUCUCUCUCUCUCUGUAUAUAUAUUUAUAUAUACAGUACCAGUCAAAAGUUUGGACACACCUACUUAUUCCAGGGUUUUUCUUUAUUUUUACUAUUUUCUACAUUGUAGAACAAUAGUGAAGACAUCAAAACUAUGAAAUAACACACAUGGAAUCAUGUAGUAACCAAAAAAGUGUUAAACUAAUUUAUUUGAGAUUUGAGAUUUUUCAAAGUAGCCACCCUUUGCCUUGAUGACAGCUUUGCACACUCUUGGCAUUCUCUCAACCAGCUUCAUGAGGUAGCCACCUGGAAUGUGUUUCAAUUAAAAGGUGUGCCUUGUUAAAAGUUAAUUUGUGGAAUUUCUUUCCUUCUUAAUGUGUUUGAGCCAAUCAGUUGUGUUGUGACAAGGUAGGGGUGGUAUACAGAAGAUAGCCCUAUUUGGUAAAAGACCAAGUCCAUAUUAUGGCAAAAACAGCUCAAAUAAGCUAAGAGAAAUUACAGUCCAUCAUUACUUUAAGACAUGAAGGUCAGUCAAUCCAGAAAAUGUCAAGAACUUUGAAAGUUUCUUCAAGUGCAGUCACAAAAACCAUCAAGCGCUAUGAUGAAACUGGCUCUCAUGAGGACUGCCACAGGAAAUGAAGACUCAGAGUUACCUCUGCUGCAGAGGAUAAGUUCAUUAGAGUUAAGUGCACCUCAGAUUGCAGCCCAAAUAAACGCUUCACAGAGUUCAAGUAACAGACACAUCUCAACAUCAACUGUUCAGAGGAGGCUGCAUGAAUCAGGCCUUCAUGGUCGAAUUGCUGCAAAGAAACCACUACUAAAGGACACCAAUAAGAAGAAGAGACUUGCUUGGGCCAAGAAACACAAGCAAUUGACAUUAGACCGGUGGAAAUCUGUCCUUUGGUCUGAUGAGUCCAAAUUUGAGAUUUUUGGUUCCAACCACUGUGUCUUUGUGAGACGCAGAGUAGGUGAACGGAUGAUCUCCGCAUGUAUGGUUCCCACCAGGAAGCAUGGAGGAGGAGGUGUGAUGGUGUGGGGGUGCUUUGCUGGUGACACUGUCUGUGAUUUAUUUUAGAAUUCAAGGCACACUUAACGAGCAUCGCUACCACAGUAUUCUGCAGCGACACACCAUCCCACCUGGUUUGCGCUUAGUGGGACUAUCAUUUGUUUUUCAACAGGCCAAUGACCCAAAACACACCUCCAGGCUGUUUAAGGGUGAUUUGACCAAUAAGGAGUGUGAUGGAGUGCUGCAUCAGAUGACCUGGCCUCCACAAUCCCCCGACCUCAACCCAAUUGAGAUGGUUUGGGAUGAGUUGGACCGCAGAGUGAAGGAAAAGCAGCCAACAAGUGCUCAGCAUAUGUGGGAACUUCUUCAAGACUGUUGGAAAAGCAUUCCUCAUGAAGCUGGUUGAGAGAAUUCCAAGAGUGUGCAAAGCUGUCAUCAAUGCAAAGGGGGGCUAUUUUGAAGAAUCUCAAAUAUAUUUUGAUUUGUUUAACACUUUUUGGGUUACUACAUGAUUCCAUAUGUGUUAUUUAAUAGCUUUGAUGUCUUCACUAUUAUUCUACAAUGUAGAAAAUUGUAAAAAUAUAGAAAAACCCUUGAAUGAGUAGGUGUGUCCAAACUUUUGACUGGUAGUGUAUAUUACUGAACAAAGGGGAUGGAUGUGAUAGAUUACCCUAGACAGCGUGUUGUACUACCUUCUUCCCCUAGCAGCUCUUCAGCGUGUAGUGCACUACCUAUGGGCCCUGGUCAAAAGUAGUGCACUUUAAAAGUAAUAUGGUACCAUUUUCUAUCCCCUUAUUGAGGCACUCCUUUGAGCACUGGGACAGGAGGAAGAUGUAUAGGGUGUAAGCUGGGCUGGCUGACCACUACUUAUUGAGGUCUUCUGAUUUGACUGAUCCAUCCUACCCACCAUUCCCAAGCCAGAGUCAUUAUCCUGUGCUGCGGAGUACCAUGAUUCAUCUGUGGAACUUUGGAGCAGUGUGGAGGAUAUUUGUUUGGUUCAGUUCUCCUAAUGGAGCCAUCAUUCACUAGCUACACACACACAUACAUACACAUAAUUCGUGAGCUAGUCCCAGUUAUAUAUGGAGGUGGGAGUGUGGUUUUAGGAGUCACAGCUGUUCCACACAGUGUAGAGCAGAGGGUGACUCAGGAGAGUGAUUGUGUGAAGUAUCUUAGCGGCACAGUCUCACUAAUGGGAAUACAAAUGGCAAUGAUUUGAAAAUCACACAUUUUAUGGGGAAUAUACAGUAUACAGUGCCUUGCAAAAGUAUUCAUCCCCCUUAGCGUUUUUCCUAUUUUGUUGCAUUAUAACCUGUAAUUUAAAUGGAUUUUUAUUUGGAUUUCAUGUAAUGGACAUACACAAAAUAGUCCAAAUUGGUGAAGUGAAAUGAAAAAAAUCAUUUAAAAAUAAAUAACGGAAAAGUGGUGCGUGCAUAUGUAUUCACCCCCUUUGCUAUGAAGCCCCUAAAUAAGAUCUGGUGCAACCAAUUACCUUCAGAAGUCACAUAAUGAGUUAAAUAAAGUCCACCUAUGUGCAAUCUAAGUGUCACAUGAUCUGUCACAUGAUCUCAGUACAUAUACACCUGUUCUGAAUGGCCCCGGUGUCACGAUCGUUGGAGGAAGUGGACCAAUGCGCAGCGUGAUGAGUGAACAUACCUUUAAUUUGAUUCACCACACGAAACAAAACAACAAAACGAUACGUGAAGUCCUAGGUAACAGACACAAACCAUACACGGAACAAGAUCCCACAAAACACUGUGGAAAACAGGCUGCCUAAGUAUUCUUCCCAAUCAGAGACAACAAGCAACAGCUGAUACUCGUUGCCUCUGAUUGAGAACCACCCCGGCCAACACAGAAACACAUGAGCUAGAUAAUCAACCUAGAACACAAAACACAUAGAAACAACACACCCUGGCUCAACAUAACAGAGUCCCAGAGCCAGGGCGUGACACCCGGAGUCUGCAACACCACUAAGCAAGGGGCACCACCAAGCAAUCGGCACCAUGAAGACCAAAGAGCUCUACAAACAGGUCAGGGACAAAGUUGUGGAGAAGUACAGAUCAGGGUUGGGUUAUCAAAAAAUAUCAGAAACUUUGAACAUCCCACGGAGCACCAUUACAUCCAUUAUUAAAAAUUGAAAUAAUAUGGCACCACAACAAACCUGCCAAGAGAGGGCCGCCCACCAAAACUCAUGGACCAGGCAAGGAGGGCAUUAAUCAGAGAGGCAACAAAGAGACCAAAGAUAACCCUGAAGGAGCUGCAAAGCUCCACAGCGGAGAUUGGAGUAUCUGUCCAUAGGACCACUUUAAGCCGUACACUCCACAGAGCUGGGCUUCACAGAAGAGUGGCCAGAAAAAAGCCAUUGCUUAAAGAAAAAAAAUAAGCAAACACGUUUGGUGUUAGCCAAAAGGCAUGUGAGAGACUCCCCAAACAUAUGGAAGAAGGUACUCUGGUCAGAUGAAACUAAAAUUGAGCUUUUUGGCCAUCAAGGAAAAUGCUAUGUCUGGCGCAAACCCAACACCUCUCAUCACCCCGAGAACACCAUCCACACAGUGAAGCAUGGUGGUGGAAGCACCACCUUGAGGGAAACCUGUUUCAGUCUUCCAGAGAUUUGAGACUGGGACGAGGUUCACCUUCCAGCAGGACAAUGACCCUAACCAUACUGCUAAAGCAACACUCGAGUGGUUUAAGGGGAAACAUUUAAAUGUCUUGGAAUGGCCUAGUCAAAGCCCAGACCUCAAUCCAAUUGAGAAUCUGUGGUAUGACUUAAAGAUUGCUGUACACCAGCGGAACCCAUCCAACUUGAAGGAGCUGGAGCAGUUUUGCCUUGAAGAAUGGGCAAAAAUCCCAGUGGCUAGAUGUGCCAAGCUUAUAGAGACAUACCCCAAGAGACUUGCAGCUGUAAUUGCUGCAAAAGGUGGCUCUACAAAGUAUUGACUUUGGGGGGUGGGGGGGAGGGGGGGGGUUGGUGAAUAGUUAUGCACGCUCAAGUUUUCAGUUUUUUUGUCUUAUUUCUUGUUUGUUUCACAAUAAAAAAUAUUUUGCAUCUUCGAAGUGGUAGGCAUGUUGUGUAAAUCAAAUGAUAUAAACCCCACAAAAAUCAAUUUUAAUUCCAGGUUGCAAGGCAACAAAAUAGGAGAAUGCCAAGGGGGGUGAAUACUUUCGCAAGCCACUGUAUACGGCUGAUAUUAAACUGUUUGCUACAAUUCUUAAGUCUCCACCUUGUACUAUUUCCAACAGCCCACUCUGCAGUCUUUUCCAAAGCCGAUUUGUGUUAUUCACUGUGUUCUCAGUAUAGGUUCAGCUUACCUGACUGGCUUUCUCGUGUCUACAUGAUGCAGUAUGGUAGAUUGCUUAUGGAUAAUGAUGGGAUCCGUGGGAUCACUCUGGCAGUCAACAGUAGAUAUUUUUAUUGGAGUUAAGCAAAGGGAAGUGGUAAAGCCGUGGGACACCAGAGCUGGAUAUGAAGUAGUGGUCACACCCAAAAUGCCACACCGAAAAAGUGGCCUCCACUUAGACACCUCAGGGCUGCAUCCUACAUGGCACCCUAUCCCCUAUAUAGUGCACUACACUCUUACAAAAAAGGGUUCCAAAAAGGUUAUUCAACUGUCCCCAUAGGAGAACCCUUUUGAGUUCCAUGUAGAACCCUCUACGUGGAACCAAAAUAGGUUCUACCUGGAACCAAAAGGGUUCUUCCUGGAACCAAAAAGGGUUCUUCAAAGGGUUCUCCUAUGGGGACAGCCGAAGAAUCCCUUUAGGUUCUAGAUAGCACAAUUUUUUAUAAGAUCGUACUUUUGACCAGUCCUAUGGUUGACCAUAUAGGCCCUGGUCAAACGUAGUGCACUAUGGAGGGAAUAGGGUGCCAUUUGAGACGUAGACCAGACCAGGAAAUGUUGUUGGACUCUGAUAGAACUGAAACUCAUUGUCUUUUUUUAAUACUUUAUGUUUUGGGCUUUUAAGGGGCUCUGAGAGCUUGCGCUGAAGAAAAAAACAAACCUGUGCUAAGAAUGGCCUGAGAUAAGACUCCUAGAGUCUGAUUGUUAUCCUGAAAGCCAAGGCCAAAUCCAUUAUUAAUGUAGAGACCAAGAUGCACCCCAAACUGCACUCUUUUUCCUAUGAAGUGCAGUUCAAAACUCACUUUAUAGGGCUGGUCAGUAGUAGUGGUCUACGGAGAUGGCAUUGCUUUUUAAAAGCCUAAUGACACGAAAUAGCCAGAUUACCGAGGGCACACUCACUGCAUCAGAUGCUUCACUAAUGCCACCAAAUCCCUAUCAAUACCGGCUCAACGGACAAUUACUGACAACUUUCCACUUAGUGUUACUCGCUUGAUGUGGUGUUCCAAGGGGAAGUUUUGUUGAUUGUAUUUUCUCAUCUCACGUAAAAGAAAACGAUGCACUCCGCCGAGCAUGUUUGAUUUACGAAGGGGUAAUCACUCCUCCUUAAUGUAUGAAUCUUUUUCAUUUUCCUAAUCUGCUUUUUCCUCGGCUGCCUCCGCCUUCUGCUCGCUCUUAUGGUUUUAUCUUUAUAUCGAUUUACGUUUAAUAUACUUUCUACCAGACUAACAGAAAGCAGCAAUUAGCUAAAAGAAAGAAGGUUUCAGUCUGCUGUGCUGUGUGAGCUGAAAGAGACUAAUUUGCAUUCUGGACUGUGGUCUACAUGGAGACAUGGUGUGCAUCCCAAAUGGCACCCUAUUUCCCUUUAUAGCGCACUACUUUUCACCAGUUUCCAUACUUUUGACCAUGGGCUCUGGUCAAAAGUAGUGCACUUUAUAGGGAUAGAGUGCCAUUUGGGACUUAGCCAUGAGUGCUCGGUCGGACUGCACCAUCAAACAGAUGAGGAAAGCAAUCAGAGCCAUGAUUUAGCAAUCACAGAGAGGGACUGUUGGAAAGCCUCUCUCUGUCCGCCACAUGUUCACUCAGGGCAAUAUUAUGAGAUAUGGUUGGGACAAGGCUUUUCCCAAAUGGCAACCGAUUCCCUACAUAGUGCACUACCUGUAGAGGUCCAAACGGCUCAUUUAAGUGUUCGUUUAGGCUGCUUGAUGUUGGCACACUCUAGCUGUGUCCCAAAUGGCAACCUAUUCCCUAUGGGCCCUGGUCAAAAGUAAUGCAGUGCACUAUAUAGUGAAUAUGUGUCAUUUGGGACGCAAACUAAAUGUAUGAGGAGGAUACUUAACUCUAUGGACUCCACAUGAAACAUAGAAUAUUGAUAUGCUCUCAGAGAAUGUUCUAAGUGCCUUUUGAGUGGAACAUUUACAUUGAGCGCCCCCAAAUUCAUUCCGAUGCAGGUGUUUUAGUGUUGAUCAGAUAUAGUGUAAAUGAGCUAUAGUAAUUUAAUAAUUAAUCAUUUAGUAAUUUCGGUCAAAUAUAGUGUAAAUGUAGGUGCUAUAAUUUAAUAUAGGAUUACAAACCCAGGAUUAAAACUAUUAAGCACAACCUAUUUCACCCUAAUCCCAUGUCUUAAUUCAGAUUCAUGAUGAAAUCUGUGUAAGUGUGCCGUGUGUGUUUGUACAGUAUAUUCUAUUACAGUAUUACAAACCUGGGAUUACAAAUAUUAUGCACAACCUAUUUCACCCUAAUCCUAUGUCUAAUCCUAAUUCAGGUUUAUGGUGAAAUCUGUGUGUAAAUGUGUGGUAGCUGUUUGUGCUGGUCAUGCCCAGUGCAGCACAACACAGCCAGGAUCCUUUAGCUACAGCAGCAGACACACAGAGAAGCAUGUUUAAUUCUGAGCGAGCUCAGAUCAGUCAUGGGGAGCAGUUACCAUGGGAACCACCAAGAUGGCAACGCCACUCUCUGCUUUAUGAUUUUUCUUAACCGUUUGCAACACAGAGAAUUCCCUCUGUAUGUGUAUAUAGUCACAAUCAUGAGUGAAGAGAGGCAUUUUUCUCAGCAAAACUACUUGGAAAUGUACUGGUUCUAGUGAAAAUGAUGACAGUGGAUAUGUCCCAAAUGGCACCCUAUUCCCUAUACAGUGUACUACCUUUGACCAGAGCCCUAUAGGAAUAUGGAUAGGGUCCUGGUCAAAAUGAGUGCCCUAUAAAGGGAAUAGGUUGCCAUUUGGGAUGCAGACAGUAUCUCACUGGAGGGAGAUGAUGACAUUAGUAUCCUGAAGUGUUCUUUUGUGCACCAUUCUUUAAGAAUGUGGUUCCUGGAAUACAAUUUGUCUGUUAGUGUUCGUUAAUUGUGUCAUACUAGAUCUUAUCAUUGUACUUAUCUGAUUCAAUGAUUAGGCUAUGCUUGUUUUGUCUCCCUCAUUGCAGUGUUUCAAACAACACUUGAGCACCCACUACAACGAGAGCACUUGUAGUGCUCUCGUUGUAGUGCUCUCCAUCUUGAGUCAUCUCCAUCUUGAGUCAUCUCAUCUUGAGUCAUCUCCAUCUUCCAAUUAUUUUAUUAUCUAUGGAGGAACACUUAGCAAGCAGUAAAUACAUGCAUCAUUUUAUGGCUUGCUGCACUAGGGGUAAAAUGCUGUUAUUGUCAUGGCUAAAAUAAUUAAACUCUCCAUACUAGAUAAACUGUUAUGAGUGUAACUCAUUUCACACGCGCGCGUGCGCGUGCACACACACACACACACUGCACCCUGAGAGAGAGAGAAGGGCAGAGCAGCAUUACUUUUACCAUAAUGUCCUAUGAAUAUGCUUUGAGGAACAGCAGGCCUAGCAGGCCAAAGCUAUGUCCAGCAAGUUAAUUUUUAUAUAAAUGGAAAAAACCUCAACAGUGCAUCUCAGAAGAGCUCUAACUAACUACAAAUAGUGAGAAAGUCUGCGUCCCAAAUGGGUAUGGGCCCUGGUAAAAAGUAGUUAACUAUAUAUAGGGAAUAGGCAAUAGGGUUCCAUUUGGGAUGCAGUCUUGUCAAGCUAGCGUGUGUGCUGAUACUGAAAUUAUGAUGAAGCAGGUGCUGAACUUUGCGAUUCAUUUCCCCCUCAACACAAUCUCCUGCCAAUUUACUUGGAUUAUGCUUCAGGUGAUGUGUGUAAUUGUAUAUUCAAGCUCCUGUUCCCUCACUGAAAUAUUAAAGUGGGGGUAAUUUUUUUCGGAUGAAAAAUUAAAACAUCUGUAUAUUUGGAGAAAUGUCCGUCUAUUUUCGGUGCGUUUUGAGAGCAGUUCUCUAAUUGUGGAGAUGGAAAUUGAUUUAUUUAUUUCCCACUGUCAAACAAUUAGUCUAAAGAGAGAUACAGUAUAUGCUGAGUACUCCUCCUGCAUAUGUAUUAUACAUAUGAAGCAAAACCGAAAGGUUAUUGUCUAUUUUACUAAGUGAAUGCAUUACUAUUGCUGCUUAAAGUUUCACCCAUUGUAUCCUUUACAGUCUGACCCACAAGGUGUGAGUAUGUUGUUUUGUGUUGUGUUACAUCUCUCUCGGGCUAAGACUGGUCCCAGCGCGCUCGCGGAGGGUAGACGGAGACGUAGACGCUCCUUAGCUCAUCUCUUCUUCUCACUAGCUCUAUAGAGAGGGUGUCUCUCUCUCUCUCGCUCUCUCCCUCCACUCUAUCAUACUCUCUCUCUCUCUCCCUACUCUCACUCUCUCUUUCUCCACCCACUCUCAUCUCACUUUCUCCCUCCAUUCCUCCCUCCAGUUGUGGACAUGGAUGGAGGACCUGCAGAAGGAGCUGUUGGAGGAAGUGUGUUCAGACUCGGUGGAGUCAGUCCAGGAGCUCAUCAAGCAGUUCCAGCAGCAGCAGACGGCCACCCUGGAGGCUACGCUCAACGUCAUCAAGGAGGGAGAGGACCUCAUCCAGCAGCUCAGGUCAGUGUUGUAUGUGCUACAUGUAGGGUGAAGUUGCCCCUAGAUGCUGAUCUUGGGUCAGUUUUACAUUUCCCCCACUAAUGGUUAAGGUUAGGAAUAGGGGAAACUUCACCCCGGAGUGUGCUACAGAGGCCUCCACCAGUUUUGCCUAUUAGACCAUUAUGAAUAAAAUUACAUGGAUGGGGGGGACCUGAUCCUAGAUCAGCACUCCUACUUUGAGAUGAUUUUACGGUACACUCUUAGAAAAAAGGGUUCCAAAAGGGUUAUUCAGCUGUCCCCAUGGGAGAACCCAUUUUGGUUCCAGGUAGAACUCUUUUCGGUUCCAUGUAGAACCCUCUGUGAAAAGGGUUCUACCUGGAACCAAAAACGGUUCUUCAAAGGGUUCUCCUAUGGGGACAGCCGAAGAACCCUUUAAGGUUCUACUGUAGAUAGCACCUUUUUUCUAAGAGUGUACUGUCAAGAGCGAUGGAAAUAUGAUGCCAUUUCACUGCAGUCAUCAAAACUCACUCGCUUGUUUUAUGGGCCACAGGUCCUUGUGUGGGAGAAAGUGUAAAGUGUCAGAGACCAUAUAUAGACUGCUGCAUUAUAAGGCUGAGUCCCAAAUGGCAUCCUAUAGGGUGCCAUUUGGGACACAGACUAAGUCCAAUACUACAUUGUGAUAGGUGUUGUAUUGCUAAUCCACUCCAGGGGCAGGUGUGUUAACCUUACUGCAGUGGGCUAAAUCAGGGUCACACAGAGUGUUUCUUGGUAGUCUUAAACAAAUCUACUUUGAAACAAAAGUAUACACCUCACACACAUGGUUAUGGGCUUAACAAAAAUAAGACACCUGUACCAUGUCAGAUAUAGGGCUCUAUUUUCGGCUGGUGUUAAGUUUGCAAUUUCAUCAUGUAAAAACUGCCGCUGCCAUUUACCAGCCCUAACGCCAGGUUUGGCAAUUUACCUGUCUUAUAUCAGCUCGCUUGCACUCAGAUGGUUGGGGUGGAAAUAUUUGAGGUGUUUCCUUAAAAACAUGAUACAAAGUUCUCAUUUCAGGCAGCGCUGACAGGGAUAUUUAAGACCAACCAAAAGCUGGUUUUAGCAGUAACGCAGUUGGUUAUGGCAUGACUUUUCACAGCUGAAACACAGCCUAUCCAGCCGUGAUGCUGAUUGCCCAUAUGCGCAUGGAACAAGAGUAGCCCAAUGUGCUUUUGGUGCCUGUAUACUUUGUAUUUAGAAACAAAAUGUUUUUUCCCACUUCGUUUUAUUUGAUUAAAUACUAAGCAUAGCCUCCCCUCCUCUCAAUUAAGGCUUUUUUUGUCUGCCCAAUGCAACCGCGAAGUAGUCAAGACUGUCGAUAAAGGGUUUGGCUCCUGAGACUGCUUGAAAAUAAAUCUUAAUCACCAAAGCUUUAUUAAAAUAUCAAGUAUGAGAGGAGUGAAACAGUGAGCUGACAUUCCCUUUUUAUCUAUGUAUUGUAGGAAGGCCUACAUUAUUUUAGCCAUGCAGGUCCCGUUUUGGACGUGCGUAAAACCCCUACCAUGAUGUAGGCUACGUGUCCAUGCCCAUCAUGAAACGAGAGAUGAGUACCUCGGUGAAUACCGGGGAACCUCGUAUUUAGAAGUAACUGUAUCUGUAACCUGUAAAAAUUGCUUGUUUUUUGUUUCAUAUGUUCAAAACCCAAGCCCUCCCUUACUAUAACGAAGGCUGGUUCAACAGCAAUGUCUUUUUUAUCCUGGCAAUUGUAUGACAUCAUUACAUUUUACAACAUUUUGUUGUUGUUGUUAAUUUGCUGUUGAAGCCAUGCAAUUACUUAGAACAAUGUGGACUGCAAAUGGGUUCAAGUUAACAUAUUUAGCAAAGAUACUGUAGGUCUACAUUUUGUUAUUUCGUUUCUGUAAGCCUUUUAAAAAACUAUAACGGACUAACAUUGGAAUUGGAGUUGAUUCCAAGGCAAUACAUAAAAGAUUGUAAAUACACAACUUGAAGCAACCACAUAUUUCUGAUUGGCCAGUUAGCGGUGAUAGUGAAAAUAGUGAAAAUAUUUCUGACACUAGGUGAUUUGACUGCAGGAAAGGACUACAGUGCCUUUACAGUGAGGGCAAUUAGGGUAAUCCAUAGAGCUGCUUCGUUUAUUACAUAUUUUACAACCUCUCUAAUUGAACACUAACACCAUGACAAUUUACGCCUAUUUUGUUGAUGAUAUUUGGGUGGUGUCCCAAAUAGGACCCUAUUCCCUAUAGGGCACUACUAGUCCUAGCGGCCCUGGUCAAAGCUAGUGCCUUAUAAAGGGAUAAUAGGGUGCCAUUUGAGCCGCGGCCUUAUUACUGCCCAUCUCACAGCUCAGGUUUCUCUCUCUCUCUCUCUCUCUCUCUCUCUCUCUGUCUGUCUCUGUCUGUCUCUCUUUCUCUCUCUCUCUUUCUCUCUCUCUCUCUCUGUCUCUGUCUCUCUCUCUCUCUCUCUCUCUCUCUCUCUCUCUCUCUCUCUCUCUCUCUCUCUCUCACCUUUUUUCACACUCUCUCUCCCUCUCUCACUCUCCCUCUCUCUCUGGGCUCCAGGGACGCUGCCAUGUCCACCAACAAGAUGCCCCACAACAGCUCCAUCGCCCACAUUGAGAGUGUCCUGCAGCAGCUGGACGAGGCCCAGGGCCAGAUGGAGGAGCUGUUCCAUGAGAGGAAGAUCAAGCUGGACAUCUUCCUGCAGCUACGCAUCUUUGAGCAGUACACCAUCGAGGUGUGUGGGUGGAAAACGGGUGGAAACGGGGGAGGGGAGGCAUUCCCAGGGGAAAGGGGGGAGAGGGGGCUCAGGUGGCCGGUCGAUUGGGGGGGGGGGCUACUGUGUACUGUGUCCAUCUGCUGGCCACACUGUAAUCUAAUGAUCCUAGUGUAAGGCUUUGAGAGACCUAAUGUCAGUUGACUUUGAUAGAUAACUGUGUAUGUAGUCCCAGUGCAGUGCUGCUCUCUAGUAUGUCCUAGGCCUGAGACGUGCAGUGAAUUACCAAUGGGUUUGUGUUAUGCAAUGGUGUCAUUAUGAACUAUAAUAUGGGGAGAGCUAUAUACUGUUCUUAUAAAUGUACAGUAUGCCUAAGGGAAGCGAUUUGGUUAUGUUACUGUUUCACAAUAUAAUCUAAGCUGCACAUAAUGACUUAAUGACAUAAGACUCUCAGUGUAUCAAGCAUCUCAGAGUAGGAGUGCUGAUCUAGGAUCAGUUUAGCCUUUUAGAUCAUAAUGAAUAACAUUACAUGGACAGAGGGGACCUGAUCCUAGACCAGUACUCCUACUCUGAGAUGCUUGAAACAUACGGCCCCAGGUGUGCCAUGCAGGUGUAACACUAACAACAUUGUUAACCUCUGACCUUUGCCCUCUGCUCUCCCUGCAGGUGACGGCGGAGCUGGAUGCGUGGAACGAAGACCUUCUGCGCCAGGUGAACGACUUCAACUCGGAGGACCUGACCCUGGCCGAGCAGCGGCUGCAGCGCCACACGGAGCGCAAGCUGGCCAUGAACAACAUGACCUUCGAGGUGAUGCAACAGGGACAGGACCUUCACCAGUACAUCAUGGAGGUCCAGGCCUCAGGUAAGACUGACAGCCACUCAUAUUGCACGGUGAUAGGGGAUACACUCUACUGCAUCUCUUUUGCUCCCGAAGGACACUCUUGUCAUUGGAUGUUUCUAUUGUACAUGAUCUAAAGAUUGUAUAACUCACAUGGUAUGUAACUCUGCCAUUAAGAGUCUAGAGCCAUGUAACAGGGCUAGGCGUAGAAUGGGUUCAGAGAGAGGGACAGGAGAGUAAAUGGGUAGGUUUGCUGCCCUGCCAACUCAGAGAGGGAAGCGGUCCACCCACCGACCACCUGACUUGGGCUCAUGUGGAAGGAGCUGAUAGCAGUGAGGGAGGGAGGGAGGGUGGGUGGCAGCAGUAACAGUUCAGAGGGGCCAAGUCUUAUCUGGACAGCUGUGGAGUUCACCAUCUGGAGAGAGGGAGAGGAGUCAGGAAUUAGGUUUAAAAAGCAAGGCUUUCUUUCCCCCUCAGCACAAUCCUCUUACCUUCCUCACUGCACUGCAUGAAGCUUAAUACUAGGCCUGGGCUGCAUCCCAAUGGCACUCUGGGAAAAGCACUCAAUCUGGGCCACCCUCGUGUGCCCUUCAUGGACUGUGUGGACUGUGACAUCCCCCUCAGUCCUGACCAAUGGAGACUUAAGCCCUCCAAAGGUGUGGGCUGGGCUCUCGACAAUAUUUCACCCUGGAAGAUGAAAUUAGCCCAGUGUAGGGUCACAUUUUAUACUGUACAGUAUAGACAUUUUUAUUGAUGUUUUUUGGAGUGGUACACCUCCUCACUAUGUCUACGUCCCAAAUGGUGCCCUAUUCCUUUUGAAGUACACUACUUUUGACCAGGGUGCAUAUGACUCUAGUCAAAAGUAGUGCGUUAUAAAGGGAAUAGGGUGCCAUUUGGAACACAAAUAUUGUUUUCUUUUCUCAUCAGAUACACUUGAUAACCCUGUGGUUUUGGGUAAUCACAGUAAUCAUUUAAUUAGACAUUGAAGUGAAGUGUUGUCUUUUUAAGUCGGGUGAUUUAAUUCAUUGAGAAAAAACACGGCAGAUAGAAAAUAGCAGGUGUUCAUUGGAGAAGGACUUGUGCACUAGCUCCACCUAGUGGUACAGUUUAUAUCACCUUCCUCAUUGAUCCCACAUACAAGACUGUAACCACCAAUUGGAUAUCGUGAAAUUGGGGAGAAAAAGGGGUAAAAAGUACAAACAACUACAAAUACUGUAGGUCCUCAGUCACUCCUAUUGCACGGUGAUAGGUGAAACACUCAACUGUAUGGCUGCAUUCCAAAUGGCACCCCAUUCCCUGUAUAGUGUACAACUUUUCAACUGGGCCACUAGGGCUGUCAACAGUAAUGCUAACCAUGUCAUUGGAUUUAGGGUAAAAGUUCAGUGAAAAAAAUACGAAAAGAUUGCGAAUCCAUUCAGUUUUCCACGUUAAUUCAACACCGUCACAUUGAAUUAUUUUGUUGAAAUAACAUGGAAACAACAUUGUUUCAACCAGUUUGCCAGAAAACAAGACAAAUGCAUAGCUUCAUUUAUGGUAUGUAACUAUUUGUGACUGUAUGGUUUCAUGUGGUAAUGACCAUAGUCCUGUGUGGUGUUCUAGGCAUUGAGUUGACUGGGGAGAAAGAGGUGGAUCUGGCCACUCAGGUCCAGGAGCUGCUGGAGUUCCUCCAUGAGAAGCAGCAUGAGCUGGACGUCAGCGCUGACCAGACCCAGAAGAGACUGCAGGAGUGUCUGCAGCUCCGCCACCUGCAGUCAGAGGUCAAACAGGUGGGUGUACUCACACGCUUAUAUUGUAUAGGGGUAACGAGGGUGAACUGGGCUGGUGAGAGUCUCCAACACACACACUUGCGCACACACACAUGCUCACUCGCUUGCAGGCGCACACACACACGCAAACCCACGCGCGCAAAUACACACACACACACACAUCCACCCAGCAGAAAACACCCUACAUCAAACAGUCAGUGUGAGUGCAUGGCUGCCAGCAGUGGUUCAAUAUUUGAUCAAUGACUGGCUUGUAUCAGCUGCUUGGUGAAGACAGCUUUUCACUCCUCUCAAACAUGUUUUUGCCGACUUAUCUGCUUGUAUGGCCUAGAGUAAAAUGUCAAGUCAAUGUAUGCCAGUGCCAUUGAGAAACACUAAACUAGAUGACUUAAUCAUUCUCAGACAGGCUAGUAAAGUAUUAUUGUCUGUGUCAAACCGAGCUUGCGUCUCAUAUGUUACCCUAUUCCCUAUAUAGUGCACUACUUUUGAUCAGGGCCCAUAGGAUUCUGGUCAAAAGUAGUGCAUUAUGUAGGGAGGAAGGUGCCAUUUGGGACGCAUUCUGAGAGAGAAAGCUCUCUGAGGAAAUGUCAAUCUGAAUGUCAGUUUGACAUAGAGCACAUUUAGCUGUGUGCCUUCAUCACUAUACAAGAAAUAUACAAACUGUGGAAAUACAGAUUAAUAAAAUAUGCUGGAUCGCUCUCUCAAACUGAAGUCUGCCGGACCAUCCACGUAGCAAAUCACUUCUUAAAGUCAAUUUAAAUAUAACAAUAAAUGAAAGAAAGAAAGAAAGAAAGAGAGUGCGAGGUAGAAAGAAAGAGAGUGGUACUGAUGAGCCACAUCCCCUGCACAGCCGGUCUCUGAGUUUUAGGAAGCCAGAGAAAAAAAAGAUCCAUAUGUUUCUAAUCCCUCAUUGGAUUUCUAAAUGAACAGAAGGGAACAUAUGUAAUAUCUAAUAGUUAAUAUGCCCGUGAAGAUUAUACUACUGCUAAUCCUAGUUUAUCCCCUUGUUUGUGUUGAACUAUGCCACCAAGCUGUGCUUAUGAAGCUCAACUAUACCAAAGCUCUUUGUGCCUCUAGUUUGAUCUCAUGCUUCAUUUUGGGAUUGCAUUAGAUAUGCAUUACAUAAGCCUGACUUUGGGUAUUUCUAAGUCUGACUCAGUCUGUCCCUCUGACAUUUUCAACUGCUGUUUGAGGCAAAACAUGUCUGAGUAUGUUCAUACUCAUAAAAAAGUGACAUUAUGAAUACUGUAUUAUGUUACGUGACACCAUCCAGUUCGGAGGACAGGCUCAUAGUUAUGGCUGGAACGGAAUGAAUGGAAUGGUGUCCAACACAACAAACACAUGGUUUCCAUAGGUUUGAUACCAUUCUAUUUGAGCCAUUAUUAUGAGACAUCCUCCCUCACCACCUUCCUCUGGCCUAGACCUAACUGUACUGUACCAAUGUAAACUCUAAACUCCUCUCCUCUCUGUGUGUCCCCCUGCAGGUCCUGGGCUGGAUCCGGAAUGGGGAGUCCAUGCUGAACGCCAGCAUGGUGAAUGCCAGCUCGCUGUCAGAGGCAGAGCAACUCCAGAGGGAGCAUGAACAGUUCCAGCUGGCCAUCGAGGUAACCUCUCCCCCUCCCCAAAACCAGACUGACUGACCAGGCUAAUCGCUUCAAUGUGCGCUGUCAUGAAACUAUACACACACAAGCAGGCACGAAGUGUAAACUCUGCAUUUGCGCACACACACACACAGGCAAACACAAACACACACAUAUUUGGUGUGAACUCCAUAUACCCUUAGACACACACGCAGAUGCACACACACAAACAUUGUCUGUCAACAUUACACACGCUCAGCCGUACACACACACUAUCUGGGAAAACAGUGCUCUGUUUGUUUUCAUUCAGCUCUUUAAAUAGCUGUUGCUCUGAGCAUGACGACAAAUGUUCACACAAAAUAUGGGCCUGCUUGGUAAAGUCCUGUAUCAGCACACACACACACACAGCACACUGGUGACCUGGCACACAAUCUGGCUCUGCUGUGGCUCUGACUCCAAGUAGUGAAGCCUGGAUCCGGAGGCCUGUUCCAGCCCAAGAACCACCACCCCAGACUGUGUGUGUAUACUUGUGUGUGUGUGUGUGUGUGUGUGUGUGUGUGUGUGUGUUUGUGUGGGUGUGUGCAUGUGCAUGUGCAUGUGUGCUGAAUCCUGUCCAGCACAGCUCUGGAAUCCAUUUGGAGGGAAUGAAAAUAACCCCUUUAAGAACCUAUUAGCUAACUUUUAUUAAAUCACUGUGCAGGAUGUAGAGGGAGUUUUCUUAAUGCAAUCACCAUCCCUUCCUCUCUUUGGGGAAACAAAUGUAUGUAUUUACCCCAGAAAGCCACCACAGUGGCCUAUCUCUCCCCAGACAUCAGGUUUCUAUUGGGACCUAUAGAGAGAAAGGGGCAAUCUGGGAUAGCGUCACACCGGCCACUUUUCUUGGUUAACAGCUGAGGGAUGAGGUAAAAAAAGCAUAUAUUUUGGGUUCUGAUGGGGCACGACAGUUUAUAAGUUACAUAUUCUUCAAGAAUUAAUGACUAUACAGUCAGGUCUGAAAUUAUUGCCACCCUUAAUAAAGAUUUGAAAAAAAGACUGCAUAAAAUAAAUAAUACAAAUACUGAGCUGUAUUGUAUGCUAAAAAAAAUUAUAUUCAAUUAUAUUAUUUUAUACGAAUGCAAUUGCUCAGAGAAAUAGAAGUAACACUAUUUUUCUCAAAAAUAUAGGGGUCAAAAUGUAUGGCACCCCUGUUUUCAAUACCUUUCAGUACCUCAACUUUCGAGGAUAACGGCACUGAGCCUUUUUCUAAAGUGUUUUAUGAGAUUGGAGAUCACAUUGGUAGGGAUCUUAGACCAUUCCUCCAUGCAUCCUUGAUCAUCCACCACCAUAUUUUACAGUAGGUAUGGGGUUAUUUUCUGCUUAUGCAUCCUUAUUUAGACGCCAAACCUACCACUGGUGUGUGUGUGGCCAAAGAGCUAUAUUUUCAUGUCAUCCAACAAAUGUAGCCUGGAGUUUGCUAAACAGAAUUGGCACUUGGAUUGGAACCAAUGCAAUGGUCAGAUGAGAUGAAAAUAGAGCUCUUUGGCCACACACACCAGUGGUGGGUUUGGCGUCUAAAUAAGGAUGCAUAAGCAGAAAAUAACCCCAUACCUACUGUAAAAUAUGAUGGUCGAUCUUUGAUGUUAUGGGGCUAUUUUGCUUCCACUGGUCUUGGGGCCCUUGUUACUGGUCGACGGCAUCAUGAACUUUACCCAGUUCCAGGGCAUUUUAUCCAAAACCUUGGUUGCUUCUGGCAGGAGGCUGAAACUUGGCCGCAAGUGGAUUUUCCAGCAAGACAAUAACCCCAAGCACACAUCAACAUCCACAAAGAAAUUGAUAAUUGACCACAAAAUCGACAUUUUGCAAUGGCCAUCUCAGUCUCCGGACAGGAACCCCAUUGAAAACCUGUGGUUUUGAAUUGAAGAUGGCAGACGAAGAAUAUCAAGGAUCUGGAAAGAUUCUGUAUGGUGGAAUGGUCUAAGAUCCCUACCAAUGUGUUCUCCAACUCAUAAAACACUUCAGAAAAAGGCUCAGUGCCGUUAUCCUCAAAAGGUGAUGUAUUGAAAGGUAUUGAAAACAGGGGUGCCAAUCAUUUUGCCCCAUAUCUCUUUGAGAGGAAAAAUAUAUUACUUAUUAAACAAAAUCUCUUUCUCUGCGAAAUUGUAUUAGUAUAAAAUAAUAGAAUUUUCAGAAUUUGUGAGCAUACAAUAUAGCCAGUAUUUGUAUUAAUAUACAUAAUAUAUUAUUAUACCAUCUUUUUUGCUCAUCUGAAUCAAUAAUUGUAAAAGUCAAAAGAUGUAGCAAUCAUGGAUUACCCUUUAAGGGAGUUAAGACUGGAUUUACCUGAUUAUAUCAUUUUAGAUGCAAAAUGGAUGUUGUAAAGGUAACUGCAUUGACAGAGCGUUUUAGAUGAACCAGUGACUGUUAUGUGAUAUAUACUCCUAUAAGAUUGAUGCUUUAUGAAAGGUUUAUGGCUCUUGGUCCUAUCCUUUCAUGAGGAGUCAGCAUUUCCCUGGCCCUCCAUUAGCUGUGGACCAGAAACUUGGGAUGCAUCCCAAAUGGCACCCUAUUCCCUAUAAAGUCCACUACUUUUGACCAGAGCCCUAUGAGCCCUGGUCAAAAGUAGUGCACUAUAAAGGGAAUAGAGAGCCAUUUGGGACGCAGACCUGCUUUACGUUAUAGUUUAGGAAGGCUUUUAGAGUUAGGUAAUGGGACUCAUGCAGAAUUGAAAUUCCAUAUUCUGUUUUUUGUAUUUGAUUAUACAUCAAUUGUAAUGUUUUUGAUUAAGUAGUAACUUGUGUAAGUGCAGAAAUGUUAAAUUACUCUUGACGGCUUUAUUUCCUUUUCUCCUGUAUUAGCUUUCUCUGGUGGAUUUAUAGUUGUAAAUCAGGCCUGGAUCUGGCAAGAAAAGCACACCAUGGUAGUUUGCCUCUAUGGGUUUAAUUCUGUAAGAUUGAAAUGCAUUUCUGUUCAAUUCUGAUUUUUUUUUUCCUUUGUGAUGUAGCUCAGCCUAGCCAAGCAAAAAAACAAAAGCCAUUUGACACUGUUACAACUUAAUAUUUACUUUCUAGAGGACAACAUACACUGAGUGUACAAAACAUUAGGAACACCUGCUCUUUCCAUGACAUAGACCAGGGCUGCCCAACCCUCUUCCUGGAGAUCUAGCGUCCUGUGGGUUUUCAGUCCAACCCUAAUUUAACACACCUGAUUCUAAUUAUUAGCUGCUCAACAAGACCUUAACUAGCUGAAUCAGAUAUGCUAAAUUAGGGUUAGACUGAAAACCUACAGGACAGUAGAAGAGGGUUGGGCAACCCUGACAGACUGACCAGGUCUUAUUGAUGUCACCUGCUAAAUCCACUUUAAUUAGUGUAGAUGAAGGGGAGGAGACAGAUUAAAGAAGGAUUGUUAAGCCUUGAGACAAUUGAGUCAUGGAUUGUGUGUGCCAUUCAGAGGGUGAAUGGGCAAGACAAAAGAUUGAAGUGCCUUUGAACGGGGUAUGGUAGUAGGUGCCAGGCCCACUGGUUUGAGUGUGUCAAGAACUGCGACACUGCUGGGUUUUUCACGCUCAACAGUUUCCCAUGUGUAUCAAGAAUGGUCCACCACCCAAAGGACAUCCAGCCAACUUGACUCAACUGUGGGAAGCAUUGGAGUCAACAUGGGCCAGCAUCCCUGUGGAACGCUUUCGACACCUUGUAGAGUCCAUGCUCUGACGAAUUGAGGCUGUUCUGAGGGCAAAAGGGGGUGCAACUCAAUAUUAGGAAGGUGUUCCUAAUAUUUUGUACACUCAGUAUAUAUGAGAUGAGGAAAAAGAGAGAAGAAGUCUGCAGACUAGGGUACUGUGCACUACUAUUGACCAGGGCCGUGGUCAAAAGUAGUGCCCUUCAUAGGGAAUAGGGUGCCAUUUGGGAUGUAGACAUGGAGAGGCCAUUUGGAAAGAUAAUUGCAUUUAUUCUUAGUGGGACAGUAUCUUUAGACAGCUCCAGAUAAGUAGCUAAUGAAAUGUCCCUUAUCUUUAAGCCUCUCACAUUUUUGCAUCUUCUUUUAAUAAAACGAAACAUCAACUUUAAAUCAUCUUUUAUUGGAAGGUUUUAAUCACACAGGUAAUGACGUCCAAAGGAAACCCGGGCUCCCAAAAUGCCGUGCAAGCACCAGACUAGACUGGACUACAGUCAAUGGCAUAUAUAAAGUCUUUAGAAAACAAGGGUUAACACACACAUUACCAUACUGUUCUCGCUUAUGGUUCAGCCCCAAAAACAACAUUGUAGAAAACCCAUUUAAACAUAAGAAUAUACACUGCUCAAAAAAAUAAAGGGAACACUUAAACAACACAAUGUAACUCCAAGUCAAUCACACUUCUGUGAAAUCAAACUGUCCACUUAGGAAGCAACACUGGUUGACAAUACAUUUCACAUGCUGUUGUGCAAAUGGAAUAGACAACAGGUGGAAAUUAUAGACAAUUAGCAAGACACCCCCAAUAAAGGACUGGUUUUGCAGGUGGUGACCACAGACCACUUCUCAGUUCCUAUGCUUCCUGGCUAAUGUUUUGGUCACUUUUGAAUGCUGGCGGUGCUUUCACUCUAGUGGUAGCAUGAGACGGAGUCGACAACCCACACAAGUGGCUCAGGUAGUCCAGCUCAUCCAGGAUGGCACAUCAAUGCGAGCUGUGGCAAGAAGGUUUGCUGUGUCUGUCAGCGUAGUGUCCAGAGCAUGGAGGCGCUACCAGGAGACAGGCCAGUACAUCAGGAGACGUGGAGGAGGCCGUAGGAGGGCAACAACCCAGCAGCAGGACUGCUACCUCCGCCUUUGUGCAAGGAGGAGCAGGAGGAGCACUGCCAGAGCCCUGCAAAAUGACCUCCAGCAGGCCACAAAUGUGCAUGUGUCUGCUCAAACGGUCAGAAACAGACUCCAUGAGGGUGGUAUGAGGGCCCGACGUCCACAGGUGGGGGUUGUGCUUACAGCCCAACACCGUGCAGGACGUUUGGCAUUUGCCAGAGAACACCAAGAUUGGCAAAUUCGCCACUGGUGCCCUGUGUUCUUCACAGAUGAAAGCAGGUUCACACUGAGCACAUGUGACAGACGUGACAGAGUCUGGAGACGCCGUGGAGAACGUUCUGCUGCCUGCAACAUCCUCCAGCAUGACCGGUUUGGCGGUGGGUCAGUCAUGGUGUGGGGUGGCAUUUCUUUGGGGGGCCGCACAGCCCUCCAUGUGCUCGCCAGAGGUAGCCUGACUGCCAUUAGGUACCGAGAUGAGAUCCUCAGACCCCUUGUGAGACCAUAUGCUGGUGCGGUUGGCCCUGGGUUCCUCCUAAUGCAAGACAAUGCUAGACCUCAUGUGGCUGGAGUGUGUCAGCAGUUCCUGCAAGAGGAAGGCAUUGAUGCUAUGGACUGGCCCGCCCGUUCCCCAGACCUGAAUCCAAUUGAGUACAUCUGGGACAUCAUGUCUCGCUCCAUCCACCAACGCCACGUUGCACCACAGACUGUCCAGGAGUUGGCGGAUGCUUUAGUCCAGGUCUGGGAGGAGAUCCCUCAGGAGACCAUCCGCCACCUCAUCAAGAGCAUGCCCAGGCGUUGUAGGGAGGUCAUACAGGCACGUGGAGGCCACACACACUACUGAGCCUCAUUUUGACUUGUUUUAAGGACAUUACAUCAAAGUUGGAUCAGCCUGUAGUGUGGUUUUCCACUUUAAUUUUGAGGGUGACUCCAAAUCCAGACCUCCAUGGGUUGAUACAUUUGAUUUCCAUUGAUCAUUUUUGUGUGAUUUUGUUGUCAGCACAUUCAACUAUGUAAAGAGGAGAGGAUCUAGGAUGUGUUAUUUUAGUGUUCCCUUUAUUUUUUUGAGCAGUGUAUAAAGUCUUGGCACAUGUACAGUUUGUAAAAAACGUCAUAUUUACACUGUUAGAAUUAACACAUCAUCAUGUAUCAUUGACCCGUCACUUACCCUGACCCUUACCCUAAACAACCUCUCUCUCUCUCUGUGUGCCCCCUCAGUCCCUGUUCCAUGCCAAUUCCCUCCAGAAGACCCACCAGAGUGCCCUGCAGGUGCAGCAGAAGGCUGAGGUCAUGCUCCAGGCGGGCCAUUUUGACCCGGACGGCAUACGGGCCUGCGCCGAGAAGGUGGCCAUGCACUGGCAGCAGCUCAUGCUCAAGAUGGAGGAUCGUCUCAAGCUGGUCAACGCUUCUGUGGCCUUCUACAAGACCUCAGAGCAGGUGUGUGUGUGUCAACACCACCCCCGCACAGCGCUCCCUGAAUCACUCAACAACCACCUCAAGCAUUUCCCAUCCAUUAAGACAAAUGGUGGUGUUGGCCUGGAGGGCCUAAAGCCUUGAGACACAUUCUCUCUCCAUUGCAUCAUCCUGUCCCUAUGUCCUCAAUAAACAAGAUAUAUGAAUUCCCACUCCUUAAAUUUUUUUUUUGAAAAAAGACAAAGGAUGGUGUGGUUUUGUGUUUGGUUAAACUCAAAGACAGAAAAGGUUGCUUAUCGGUAGUAUGUCCGGUUCUGUGAUGGCACCUCGAAAUUGUGUCCGACCUAGCAUGAAGACUGAGACCCCUGUGCCCUCCUCAGGUGUGCAGUGUGCUGGAGAGUCUGGAGCAGGAGUACAGGAGGGAUGAGGACUGGUGUGGUGGACAUGACAAGCUUGGAGCCAUGGCCGAGACGGACCAUGUCAUCCCCCUCAUCAGCAAACACCUGGAGCAGAAGGAAGCCUUCCUCAAGGUACAGCAGAGCAACAUGGUUGUGUCUCAAAUGGUGCCCUAUUCCCUGUGCCUCCUUUGUCUGCGGCGGUACAUCAUGAUCGUCUGCAAAUAAAAUAAUAAACCAAGACAGACAAUUAGCUAGUAUACAGUACAGAUAAACAUGUAGCUAGCUAGCAAUCCCAUUUAGCUACAAGCUUAGCAAACAAACAGAUGAACGUAGCUAGCUAGCUAACUAGUUAGUAGGCGCACUAGCUGGGUCAUGACUCAAGAUCAAGAACCGUCGCCGCCCCGCUUUGUUCCUUUUCCCCAAACGCGGCAAAUGCAUAACGGCAUAAUGACCCAGCUAGCUAGCUAGAAUCAAAAUGGGAAAAACUCCAGGGAAAAUUCAGUGGUAUCACUAACUAUGUAAGGACGACAUAAAUAAAAAGCAUACUUGUAACUAGCUAAUGUUACAGAAUAUAUAGCUAGAGCAACAUUAACUAGCUAAUACAUUAGCUAGCUAAUGGCGGGCCAGCUAGCUAGAAAGGCUUUUAAAACAGCUCUUUCAAAAGUAACUAGCUAGUGUUGCUAAAAUUUCAUUCCUCUCCCUUCUCCUUUUUUUAUUGUCUUCUUCUUCCGUCUUCUGUGUCUCUCUGCUCUGCUCUAUCCUUUAAUUUUCGGAAUACCAAAUGUACAGAAUGAGAAGCAGACAAGAUCGUCAUUGCUGUGUUUGUAUUUACCUCCAACAAAGAUUUUCUAUUGACAAGAUAGUUGAAUGACCGCUCUAACAAUGGAAAUACAUGUACUCAAAGAUGGGACAAUUCUAGCCAAUGAGAGGGCAGAUAUGCGUGUGAACAACAGGCACAACUCCAAUAUAAAGUAUAUAUUUAUAUACACUACCGGUCAAAAGUUUUAGAACACCUACUCAUUCAAGGGUUUUUCUUUAUUUUUUACUAUUUUCUACAUUGUAGAAUAAUAGUGAAGACAUCAAAACUAUGAAAUAACCCAUAUGGAAUCGUGUAGUAACCAAAAAAGUGUUAAACAAAUCAAUAUAUAUUUUAUAUUUGAGAUUCUUCAAAUAGCCACCUUUUGCCUUGAUGACAGCUUUGCACACUCUUGGCAUUCUCUCAACCAGCUUCACCUGGAAUGCUUUUCCAACAGUCUUGAAGGAGUUCCCACAUAUGCUGAGCACUUGUUGGCUGCUUUUCCUUCACUCUGCGGUCCGACUCAUCCCAAACCAUCUCAAUUGGGUUGAGGUCGGGGAUUGUGGAGGCCAGGUCAUUUGAUACAGCACUCCAUCACUCUCCUUCUUGGUAAAAUAGCCCUUACACAGCCUGGAGGUGUGUUGGGUCAUUGUCCUGUUGAAAAACAAAUAAUAGUCCCACUAAGCCCAAACCAUGCUGGUUAAGUGUGCCUUGAAUUCUAAAUCAAUCACAGACAGUGUCAUCAGCAAAGCACUCCUACACCAUAACACCUCCUCCUCCAUGCUUUACGGUGGGAACUACACAUGCGGAUAUCAUCCAUUCACCCACACCGCGUCUCACAAAGACACGGCGGUUGGAACCAAAAAUCUCCAAUUUGGACUCCACCGGUCUAAUGUCCAUUGCUCGUGUUUCUUGGCCCAAGCAAGUCUCUUCUUAUUAUUGGUGUGUCACACCCUGGCUCUGGGACUCUAUAUGUUGAGCCAGGGUGUGUUCAUUCUAUGUGUUCUGUUUCUUUGUUUGGGUGUUCUAGGUUGUCUGUUUCUAUGUCUGCCUGUGUGACUCCCAAUCAGAGGCAACGAGUGUCAGCUGUCGGCUGGUUGUCUCUGAUUGGGAGCCAUAUUUAAUCUGUAGGUUUUCCCUUGGGUGUUGUGGGUUUUUGUUCCGUGUCGGUAUUUGUUUACCGUGGACUUCACGAGUCGUGUUUUGUUUUUGUAUACUUUAACUAUUAAAGUCAUGUUUGUUUCACACGCUGCGCCUUGGUCUACUCACUCCUACGACGAUCGUGACAGAAAAACCCACCGUAAAAGGACCAAGCAGCGUGUCCAGGAGCAGGCAGACUGGACAUGGGAGGAAGCGCCAGGAAAGGAGAUGGAGAGGCUGGCGAUGGCCCAGGUGGGCAAAGUGUGGUCCUGGGAGGACAUGCUCGGGGGCAAGGGACCUUGGGGUAGGAUUAAGGCCCUGGCGAGAGAGGAGCAGCGGCGUCAGCAGUGCCAUCGUCGGACGGACGAGAGGCACCCCCAAUAAUUUUUUAGGGGGGGGCACACGGCAUGGGCGACUGGGCAGCAGGAGGCUGCCACAGGGCGAAAUGGGAGACGAGGAGAGAAGGCCACCGGGUUACGGGAGCCAUUGGCGAGAGGAGGGAAGGAAGUUGUAGAGGCACGGCGAGAGGUACUGAGGUGUAUUGCCAGUCCGGUCCGGCCCGUUCCUGAUCCCCGUUUAAGGCCAGUGGUGUGUGUUCCCAGUACGGUCCGGCCUGUUCCUGCUCCACGCACCAAGCCUACGGUGUGCGUCGCCAGCCCAGUCCGGCCUGUCCCUGCUCCACGCACCAAGCCUACGGUGUGCGUCGCCAGCCCAGUCCGGCCUGUCCCUGCUCCACGCACCAAGCCUACGGUGUGCGUCGCCAGCCCAGUCCGGCCUGUUCCUGCUCCACGCACCAAGCCUACGUUGUGCGUCGCCAGCCCUGCCCGGCCUGUUCCUGCUCCACGCACCAAGCCUACGGUGUGCGUCGUCAGCCCAGCCCGGCCUGUCCCUGCUCCACGCACCAAGCCUACGGGGUGCGUCGCCAGCCCGGCCCGGCCUGUCCCUGCUCCUCGCACCAAGUCUACGGUGCGCGUCGCCAGCCCGGUCCGGCCUGUUCCUGCCACUCGCACCAAGUCUACGGUGCGCGUCGCCAGCCCGGCCCGGCUCGUUCCUGCCACUCGCACCAAGCCAGGGGUGCGAGUCGUCAGUCCGGCACAACCCGUGCCUGGGUCAUCGGUGCCAGAUCAGGUACCGCUUUAUUGCUCCCCAACGGAGCUGAAGCUAGCCGCUCCUGCUACGUCCAGGUCAGCUCCAGCCAGCGGAGCCAGACUGGACCAGGGGCGCUAUGGGGGGUUCAUUGGAGGGUGGUGGUCAAGGCCGGAGGCAGAACCGCCGCCGAGGAGGUAUGCCCGCCCAGCCCUCCCCUGUUUUGCUUUAGUUGAGGCGCGGUCGCAGUCCGCGCCUUUAGGGGGGGGGUACUGUCACACCCUGGCUCUGGGACUCUAUAUGUUGAGCCAGGGUGUGUUCAUUCUAUGUGUUCUGUUUCUUUGUUUGGGUGUUCUAGGUUGUCUGUUUCUAUGUCUGCCUGUGUGACUCCCAAUCAGAGGCAACGAGUGUCAGCUGUCGGCUGGUUGUCUCUGAUUGGGAGCCAUAUUUAAUCUGUAGGUUUUCCCUUGGGUGUUGUGGGUUUUUGUUCCGUGUCGGUAUUUGUUUACCGUGGACUUCACGAGUCGUGUUUUGUUUUUGUAUACUUUAACUAUUAAAGUCAUGUUUGUUUCACACGCUGCGCCUUGGUCUACUCACUCCUACGACGAUCGUGACAUGGUGUCCUUUAGUAGUGGUUUCUUUGCAGUAAUUCGACCAUGAAGGCCUGAUUCACACAGUCUCCUCUGAUCAGAUGAUGUUGAGAUGUGUUUGUUACUUGAACUCUGUGAAGCAUUUAUCUGGGCUGCAAUUUCUGAGGCUGGUAAUUCUAAUGAACUUAUCCUCUGCAGCUUAUUUGAGCUGUUCUUGCCAUAAUAUGGACUUGGUCUUUUACCAAAUAGGGCUAUCUUCUGUAAAGCGCCCCCCCCCCCCCCCCCCCCCCCCCCCCUUAACUUGUCACAACACAACUGAUUGGCGCAAACACAUUAAGAAGGAAAGAAAUUCCACAAAUGUACUAAGAAGGCACACCUGUUAAUUGAAAUGCAUUCCAGGUGACUAUCUCAUGAAGCUGGUUGAGAGAAUGCGAAGAUUGUGCAAAGCUGUCAUCAAGGCAAAGGGUGGCUAUUUGAAGAAUCUCAAAUAUAAAAUAUAUUUUGAUUUGUUUAACACUUUUUUUGGUUACUACAUGAUUCCAUAUGUGUUAUUUCAUUGUUUUGAUGUCUUCACUAUUAUUCUACAAUGUAGAAAAUAGUAAAAAAUAAAGAAAAACCCUUGAAUGAGUAGGUGUUCUAAAACUUUUGACCGUAAGUGUAUAUAUUUUUUAAGUGGAUGAAAUAACAUGUGCGUCCACUUAUAUCAGUGCAUUCGUAACAACCUAACCAUUAAGAAAUGUAUGUUCAAUCAAAUAAGCCUCACGUAGCAAAUUAACAGUUUGUUGACCAAAUUCGACAUUCUCUCGUUGACCUACAUACAAAAAUUCCUCACUUCGUGGUCUUAUUUUCGUGGACAGAUUUUCAUCCUCUCUGCCUCCAACCAGAAUUAUGUCGACUUAUAUUUUCUUCACCCUUUUGAAGCGUUUCUGACGUCGUCAAUAGUUUGCUCCUUCCUGGGGGUGGGUGAAGUUACCCCUGGACGCUAAUCUUGGGUCAGUUAUGCAUUUCCCCCCACUAAUGGUUAAGAGUGUGAUUGGGGGAGGGAAUUCUGAUCCUAGAUUUGUACCUAGGUAAAGCAGGAAGAGCAGGAAGUUUCCAAUAGGUACAGAUCAGCUUCCCCAUAUAGGAGAAAUGCAAAGCUGACCCAAGAAUAGCUAGGGGCAACUUCACCCUACUCCCCCGGCUCCUAAGAAUCACCCAGGUUGAUGAAAACAAACCUCCCAAAACUGACACCAGUGCUGCAUGGAAUAACACCACUAGGGCACUACUUUUGAUUUACUUUUUAUAAGGGCCCAUAGGGCUCUGGACAAAAGUAGUGCACUAUAGGGAAUAGGGUGCCAUUUGGGACGCAGGACAUGUUCUGUUGAUCAUUAAUUUGCUGCAUAUUCACAGACCCUGAACUGGGGCUAUUCUGUCUGUCUGAUUCUCUUCAGUAGAACACAUCUGUAUUCUGAAACAAGUAACUGUUUGGUUUCAUUUUGAUUUUCCCAUUACAGAGCUGAAAUGCAUGUCCACCUCUUGCAGGACAUGAUGUGAAUGCCAGUUUACUUGUUGUCAACCAAAAACAAAUAACCAUGUUGACAGUGAUGUAUCUAUGGUGUCUUAAGAUAUUACACAUGCAAUAUCUUAACCUCAGUUUCAAUGUAUUUUGGAUGGUAGUUGUGUAUACGUCGUCCAUAGCGAUGAUCCUGUUCGACAAUGUCCCUACUUGUGCCCCAGGCUUGCACGUUGGCCAGGAGAAAUGCUGAGGUAUUCCUGAAGUAUAUCCACAGGAACAACGUGGGUAUACCUGGUGCAUCAGGCCACGCCAGAGGACCCGAGCAGCAGGUUAAAGGUCAGUCACAACAGCCCUAUUGGACUAGCAUGGUGUGUGUCCCAAAUGGCACCCUAUUCCCUAUAUAGUAGCCAAUAAAAAUUAUAUUUAAUUUGUGGAGUGCAUUUCCCACGCUCACUGCAAGCCUACUUUUGACCAGCGCUGGAAUAAUAUCAAUGGAAUAAUCGGUGCCAUUUGGGACGCCUUAUAUUGACUACUGAGCAUGAGUCCUUAUACAGUGCCUUGCAAAAGUUUUCAUACCCCUUGCCGUUUUUCCUAUUUUGUUGCAUUACAACCUGUAAUUUAAAUGGAUUUUUAUUUGGAUGUCAUGUAAUGGACAUACACAAAAUAGUUCAAAUUGGUGAAGUGAAAUGAAAAAAAUAACUUGUUUCAAAAAAUUAUAAAAAAUUAAUAACGGAAAAGUGGUGCGUGCAUAUGUAUUCACCCCCUUUGCUAUGAAGCCCCUAAAUAAGAUCUGGUGCAACCAAUUACCUUCAGAAGUCACAUAAUUAGUAAAGUCCACCUAUGUGCAAUCUAAGUGUCACAUGAUCUCAGUGUAUAUAUACACCUAUUCUGAAAGGCCCCAGAGUCUGCAACACCACCAAGCGAGCGGCACCAUGAAGACCAAGGAGCUCUCCAAACAGGUCAGGGACAAAGUUGUGGAGAAGUACAGAUCAGGGUUGGGUUCUAAAAAAAAUAUCAGAAACUUUGAACAUCCCACGGAGCAUCAUUAAAUCCAUUAUUAAAAAAUUGAAAGAAUAUGGCACCACAACAAACCUGCCAAGAGAAGGCCGCCCACCAAAACUCACGGACCAGGCAAGGAGGGCAUUAAUCAGAGAGGCAACAAAGACACCAAAGAUAACCCUGAAGGAGCUACAAAGCUCCACAGCGGAGAUUGGAGUAUCUGUCCAUAGGACCACUUUAAGCCAUACACUCCACAGAGCUGGGCUUUACGGAAGAGUGGCCAGAAAAAAGCCAUUGCUUAAUGAAAAAAAUUAAGCAAACACGUUUGGUGUUCGCCAAAAGGCAUGUGGGAGACUCCCCAAACAUGUGGAAGAAGGUACUCUGGUCAGAUGAGACUAAAAUUGAGCUUUUUGGCCAUCAAGGAAAACGCUAUGUCUGGUGCAAACCCAACACCUCUCAUCACCCCAAGAACACCAUCCCCACAGUGAAGCAUGGUGGUGGCAGCAUCAUGCUGUGGGGAUGUUUUCAUCGACAGGGACUGGGAAACUGGUCAGAAUUGAAGGAAUGAUGGACAGCGCUAAAUACAGGGAAAUUCUUGAGGGAAACCUGUUUCAGUCUUCCAGAGAUUUGAGACUGGGACAGAGGUUCACCUUCCAGCAGGACAAUGACCCUAAGCAUACUGCUAAAGCAACACUCGAGUGGUUUAAAGGGAAACAUUUAAAUGUCUUGGAAUGGCCUAGUCAAAGCCCAGACCUCAAUCCAAUUGAGAAUCUGUGGUAUGACUUAAAGAUUGCUGUACACCAGCGGAACCCAUCCAACUUGAAGGACCUGGAGCAGUUUUGCCUUGAAGAAUGGGCAAAAAUCCCAGUGGCUAGAUGUGCCAAGCUUAUAGAGACAUACCCCAAGAGACUUCCAGCUGUAAUUGCUGCAGAAGGUGGCUCUACAAAGUAUUGACUUUGGGGGGGUGAAUAGUUAUACACGCUCAAGUUGUCAGUUUUUUUGUCUUAUUUCUUGUUUGUUUCACAAGAAAAAAUAUUUUGCAUCUUCAAAAUGGUAGGCAUGUUGUGUAAAUCAAAUGAUACAAACCCCACAAAACUCAAUUUUAAUUCCAGGUUGUAAGGCAACAAAAUAGGAAAAAUGCCAAGGGGGGUGAAUACUUUCGCAAGCCACUGUACCUUCCUGUUACUAACUCUUUUAAUGCUCCUCUUCUUUAGGAAAUGUACAUAUUUAUUUUCACGUUCAGUUGAACUUACUAAAGUUUAUUAUGUUUGUAUAUGGACUAGUGUGGGUUGUGUUUGAAACCACUGUGUUGACAAUAUGCUAACUUCUUUCUGUGCUCCAUGGUCUCCCUCUCCUCUCUAGCCAUCCUCAGUGAGCUGCUCCAGAGGGAGAACCGGGUUCUGCACUUUUGGACCAUGAAGAAACGACGCCUGGACCAGUGCCAGCAGUAUGUGGUGUUCGAACGCAGUGCCAAACAGGUGAGCUCUCCUGAACGCAGCCCAAGCACUCCGAGUGCUGUGUUUAUACUGCAUGUCCAUAACAUCUGGCCCUGGACUAGACCCAGCCAGGGAUACGUGGGAGUUUUGUUUGUUUUCGAUGGCCAGCACAGCCACCGAUGAAAGAUAGAGGACAUGCAGAGAGGGAGAGAGGAAUAUGGAAAGAGGGAGCUCUUCACUUCUCUUCACUCCCCCCCUGUCCUGUAUCUCUCCGCAGGCCUUAGACUGGAUCCAGGAAACAGGAGAGUAUUACCUCUCCACUCACACCUGCCCUGGAGAGAGCUGCGAGAGGAGUCAUGAACUGCUGAAGGAGUACGAGGAAUUCCGAGUGUCCGCCAAGGUAUGGAGCUGGAGCUGGGAAGCAGAUCUAGUCUGUGUCCCAAAUGUUACCUUACUCCCUAUGUAGUGCACUACUUUUGGAAUAGCGUGCCAUUUGGGACGCAGCGCUAGAGCUACUGUUCGGAGUCUGCUCGGACUCCCUCACUUACUGCUGACCCUAUACCUGCAUAUGAUAUUAGCCAAACAUUUCCACUGCAGCCUGCCUUGUGUCUGCCUGUCUACAGCCCAAUGAGAUCAUUAGCUAUCAGUGGUUCAGGCAGCAAGCGAGUGUUAGAGAUCUCUCCUGAGGGAUGUCUGCACUCUCUCAAGCGUCAGCCUAGACAUUGAGGCUGCAGAUGAUUGAAACACUCACACACACACACAUGCACACACGUAUAAUAAUACACACACACAUAUGGAAACUCACGCACACACACUUAGACACAUCAUCUCUCUGUGUGCUUCCUACAGCAAACCAAGGAGAAGGUGAAGCUCCUCAUUCAGCUGGCCGACAGCUUUGUGGAAAAGGGCCAUGUUCACGUCACUGAGCUGAAGAAGUGGGUCACCACGGUGGACAAGCGCUACCGAGACUUCUCCCUCCGGAUGGGGAAGUACCGCUCCAGCCUGGAGAAAUCACUAGGCAUCAGCUCCGAGGUAAGGCCCCCUGGAGGGCCCCUAUGGGGCUAAGGACUAACCCCACCUGCUGUGAACACUCAUUCAUCAACACAACACCAAUCCCUGGCCACUAAUUAGGCUUAGUCUUUCUAUCGCUAAUGAGUGUGUUUUCAAAGGACGUAUGGAAUGAAACAAAUGUUGUAAAACAUGAUAGUCCUCAUUUGUGCUCCCUUGAAUGUAUAGUCCUUCACCUGCUGCUGUUGUCAUAGCUCCCCUAGUGGUCACCUACCCUGUAGCAAGGUGUGUGUGAUUGUCUUACAAAGGGAAGACUUCCACCGAGCUAAUUACAGUAGCUAGUAUCUCUACAGCCUUGGGGCAAAGAAAACCAGGGGCAAGACCUAACACAUCUCAGUUUGAAGCCCUGUCCUCAUCUCGACACACAGGCAUCAAUUCCUCCUCUACUUGAAAGAGAGUCUGUUCGAAAAGUCUAUUUCAUGUGUAAGUGCUGAGUCAUCAUGGACCGUGUUGAAGGGUUGCAUCCCAAAUGGCACCCUAUUCCCUAUGUAGUGCACUACUUUUGACCAGGGCCCUUAGGGCUCUGGUAUAAAGUAGUGCACUACAUAGGGAAUAGGGUGCCAUUUGGGACGUGUACUGAGCGCUCCCUCUGUAUCUGAUAGGAUAAUAAGGACUUGGAGCUGGACAUCAUCCCAGCCAGCCUGACUGAUCCUGGGGAGGUGAAGCUCCGCGACCCCAACCACGAGGUCAACGAGGAGAAAAGGAAGUCAGCCAGGAAGAAAGAGUGA